GCCCGCUCUUCAAUCAUCAGGUCGCCGCUGUUUCUCACUCACUUCCUGUUCUGCAGAUUGAAUCGAAAGUGAGGCAAAGAAAGAAGAAUUCGCCAUUUCCUUUCCAGGAAAAAAAGGGAAAACUUGUGAAACUUGGAUGUGAAGCUGCUUCCCGCUGUCAUUGCAUCAGACAUCUGAGCUGAGUGAACAGACAUGGCCUCAGAGCUGCUCCUCAACGUUCUGGAGGAUGUGCGUCAAGACGACUUUGAAACAUUUAAGUGGUACUUGACACAGAAAGUCCUUAAGGAUUGCAGACCAGUUCCUAAGUCUUAUCUGGAGAACGCCACCCGGACGAGGACUGUGACGAGGAUGAUCGAGAGCUACGGUGAAGACCUGGCAGUGAAAAUCACUGUUGAGAUCCUGAGAAAGCAGUGCAACAAUGAUUUGGCAGAUAAGUUAAACAAAAACUAUGUAGAAAAGGUAAAGCCUGCAUCGUCCAGCUGCAGCACCYCUGCUGUGACUUCUCCACCUGCUGCUGCAGCUGCUGUGUCUGCUCAGGGGGGCAGUGUGGUCAUCGCUCCGACGCUCAACAGCAGCACCACCGGGUCGUGGAACAUAAACAUCCAUAAAGCUUAAUUUAACUAAUUGAACGCAGUGAAACUGGUUUUAAAAAGGUGAUACUGUGUGAGAAAAAUGUUUCUCUGGAUUUAGUCAAAGUUUUCAUUACCUUUUUACUUUGGAUCUAUUUGUAAUUCCAUAAGUUUUAAUAAAUAUUUUUAAACCAUA